AUGCGUCUACUUCACUACUUCGAGUUGCCGGAAGUAUCGGAUGGCAAAGUGUAUCAUCGCGCAGGGGCACAUGCUGAUUGGGACUUUUUGACUUUACUCUUCGAAAAGGAAGGUCAGAAUGGGCUGGAGAUAUGUCCGGGUCGCGAGGUCGUCAGUGGACUCGGUAUUGGGGACGAAUGGACUAAAGUCGAAGCCACGACGGGCGAGAUCGUAUGUAAUAUCGGCGAUGUACUUAUGUCUUGGUCGGAUGAUCGAUUCAAGUCAACCAUUCAUCGAUUUAAGGCACCUUGUGACCCCCAUGACUAUUUUGGGGACCGAUAUAGCAUCGCUUAUUUCAAUCACCCCUCCAAGGAUAUUUUGGUAUAG